AGUCGCCUUGCGUGUUCUAGUACCAGUCAUGACCGUUUACUACACCUGCUGGACACCCUGCAUGGUCAUCAUGCUGUACAAUGCGAUUUCAGGCAGUGGCGUCCCCGAAUGGAUCGAGUUUAUUGCUGUGUGGUUACCAACCUCCAAUGGCUUCCUCAAUUGUAUCUUCUACUUCUGGAUCAACCAUAGCUUUAGAAGGAAAUUCCAUUUGGUUCUUCAGAAACUAUGUCUAGGACUUUGUCCAGGUUCUGACAUUGAUUCAAGCUGCGUCAACUCGGUGGAAUCUUCUAUGGUUCCCGGAUGGAACGGUAACGGCUCGCUCCAUGAGCGGUUUUCUAGCUUGUCGUCCACCUGCACUCUGCUGACACUCAUGCCACCUCAGACUAACGUGCGUCAAACAGAGCCGGUUUGAGAUUCCUUUUAGUCUUGUGAUCUGAAGUUUUAAAUCUCUGGUGAAGUUGAGUCAUCAUGAGUGCUACUGACAUAACCUAACCUGCUCGGAUGGAGGUUAUUCCACUAAAUGUCUUUUUAAUCGCAAGUUAGCAUUCAGAAACACUCAUAUUUCCCUUGUUUAAUAGUUAUUUGUGCUUGAUGGCACCUUCUCAUAUUCACUCAGAACUGUUUUUUUGGCCUAAUUGAAGUCUAAAAUGGUUUUGCAUUGUUGAUUGCCGUUUCAAGUUAAACACACGAGAGCCUUUGAAACAUUUGCACACAUUUCCUUAUCUAUUCAUAAACCCAAUAUCAAGCAGCUGUGGAAGUUUAACCUUUAAAUCUCAGUUAUGUAGUUUAUGCAGAAGGGGAAGUAAUUAGCCAGGUACAUAAUGUAAAGGUCAGAUCAAAUAUGCCUUUUGGCUUUAACCUUUUCCGUUUCAUGACAUUUCCAUUGCAUCUCUGAAGCAAACAUUAAUUUUUAUUUUCAACUAAGUAGGCUUUUUGGUCACUGUCAGACGUAGAGGAACAUUGUAUGACCAGCAUUAUCAAACUGUAAAUAAACCAUAUGGGUGGGCUAUGACGGACUGGUGCAAAUGUUGGAUUGAAGUUGUCAUGCUCAGAGGCUGAAGCUUUGUGUUUUUGGCUGUGUUGUAAUAGCAUUACUGUAAAUCUAGAUUUUAAGCUUUAAGUUUUAGCUUGAGUACUUGUUACAAAAAUAGUACAUUUCAAUGGGGUGAAAAAAAAAAGUCCUGUGGUGGAGGGUGCAUAUAACGCAAGCACAUAAAGAGCUGUUAAUGACCUGGGAGUGUUAUAAAGCCAUACAUAAUGAUUUAUUACAAAAGUUUUUGAUGUGUAAAUAAUUAAAAAAAAU